AUGCAGGCCCAGGUGCGCAUGAGCAAAGAGGAAGAAUAUGGAAAGAAUUGGUACCUGGUGCAUUUAGAACUCACAGUGACGGAUGUGAACGACAACAUCCCCAAAUGGAUUAUGGAGCCCUUUCCCUUCUUGGCCGCAGUGUCGCCUAAAGCUGCAGCUGGUACUAAAGUGUACAAGCUCUUGGCCAAGGAUGACGAUGAAGAAGAGAACGGCGCCAUUGAGUAUUUCUUGGUGGAAGGCGGAGAAGAUAGAUUUGAAGUCGAAAGGGACAGCGGGUGGGUUAAAACAACAGGUUUGCCUCUGGAGAAGGAGAAGGAAUAUUUACUGAGUGUCCUAGCUGCUGACAAACCUGGCCUCCAAGGGUCCCCCGCCACGGUUUCUGUACUUGUUGGACAUCGACCGCCACAGUUUGCCAAUAUGUCAUAUACAGUUUACGUUCCUGAAAACAUACCACAGGGAAAAUCGUUUUUGACGGUCCGUGCUUUGUCUCAUCAAAACAAGUCCCUGAGUUACAGCCUUAUAGCCAACCCAAACGGCCUGUUCGGCAUUAGCCAAGCAGCAGGAGAUAUCCACUUCAGCCGCAGUAUGGAUUAUGAGAGUGAUCAGCAUCAGUACCUCCUUCUGGUUCAAGCGAGAGAAAACCAGGGACAUCUCAGUAGUACAGCUGAGGUUUGGGUUGUGAUUACAGACAUGAAUGAUUGUGCUCCGGAAUUCCAGCAGUCCAUCUACACCAAAGACAAUGUUCCUGAAACAGUGACUGUAACCACUGCACUUUUACAAGUGUCUGCCAGUGAUUGUGACUCUGAAGAAAAUGCAGAAAUACUUUAUUAUACUCUGAGCUCCGAUUUCAGCAUUUCUACUCAUGGCAUUAUCUUCCCAGCAACCGAGUUGGACUACGAGCGUCCUAACCAUCUUUAUGAGUUUGUAAUUAUGGCUAUAGAUAAAGGAGAACCACCAAGAACCGGGACAGCAACUGUCAGGAUUCGAGUCUCAAAUGUCAAUGAUGAAGCACCCAAGUUCUCCCAAACAAUCUAUAGGAGUUUCGUUUCUGAAGAUGCCGGUCCCAGCACCUUGAUUGCUACAGUUCAUGCUAUAGACCCCGAUGGAGAUGGUGUUUCUUACAGCAUUACUGGAGGGAAUCGAAAUGGAAACUUCAUUAUUGACCCUCAGAAAGGCUUAAUCCGUCUCCGUUCGAAUCCACCCCCUAAGCUUCAAGGGCCAGAGUAUGUACUUAAUGUUACAGCUACUGAUGACAACAUCUCUGGGGGACCACACUCGCUUUCUAGUGCCGCUCUGGUUUUCGUGCGUGUUGAUGAUGUCAACAAUAACAAGCCAGUAUUUCAGAAGUGUCAGCAUUACCGAGAACAUGCUUCUGUGCUGGAGAACCAGCCCGUGGGGACGUUUGUGUUACAAGUAGAGGCGACAGACGCAGAUGAAGGCGCCAACGGCAGGGUGAAAUACGGCUUGAUGCACAGAGAUGGUGCCCUUCCUUCAUUUAACAUUCAUCCAGACACAGGCCUCUUGACCACACUUCAGAUAUUUGAUCGAGAAAAGCAGAGAGAAUAUCCUAUCACUGUGACGGCGACAGACCAGGCGGCGGAACCUCUCAUUGGGAUUUGCCAGAUCAACGUGGUCAUCUUGGAUGUAAAUGAUAACAGCCCCCGAUUUGAAAACACUCACUAUGAAUAUUUCCUGAGAGAGGACACAAGCAUUGGGACGAGCUUCCUUCGCGUUGCAGCCCAUGACGACGACUAUGGCUCGAACGCUGCCAUUACGUAUUCUACAGCUGGUGGGAAAAUGAAAUACUUUCAGGUUGAUCCUAUCACUGGUUGGGUUUAUGUAAGCCAACCCGUAUUGCAGAAGAGUUUCAUAACUGAAGAAAUCAUAGCAAUGGAUGGAGGGAAUAGGAGCAGUAAGAUUGAGGUUAGAGUUACUGUCACCAGUACGAAAAACCAGCCCCCUCAGUGGGAAAGGGACAGUUACGAAGUUGUCAUUCCGGAGAAUACAACCAGAGAUACAUCCGUUGUGACAAUUAAAGCCACGUCUCUCCUUGGCGACCCACGUAUAACAUACAGUCUAGAAGAGGGACUGGUUCCAGAGACCAACAUGCCUGUCAGAUUCUAUUUGACUCCAAACAGAGAGGAUGGUUCCGCGUCUAUUCUAGUUGCUGAACCUUUGGAUUAUGAAACUACCAAGACCUUUCUGUUGAAAGUUCGGGCCCAGAAUGUUGCCGCAGUACCAUUAGCUGUUUUUGCAACGGUCUAUGUUAACGUGACAGAUGUCAACGACAACGUCCCUUUCUUCACCUCAUCUGUUUAUGAAGCUUCGGUCACAGAAGGAGCAGAGAUCGGGACUUCAGUUCUGCAGGUCUCUGCCACGGACCUUGACCUUGGUCCAAAUGGCAAGAUCAGUUAUUCUCUGCUACCUGACCGCAGUGGAGACUAUACAUUUUUCCGCUUGGACCCUAAAACGGGUUCAAUCUAUACUACCUCUGUGUUUGAUAGGGAAAAGAAAGGAUCGUACCUCUUAGAAGUCAAAUCGACUGAUGGCUCGGAAUCGGCUCGUCCUGGAAAGCAUGGGCAGCCAAAUUCUGACACGGCCUACGUGCGUGUUUUUAUCAGUGACGUGAACGAUAACAAACCCGUCUUCACCCAGAGUGUCUAUGAAGUUAACAUAGAUGAAGACCGAGACGUGGGAUCGACUGUCAUUACUGUUGGCGCUAAUGAUGAAGACGAAGGUGCCAAUGCAAAAUUAAGGUAUCAGAUAACAGCUGGGAAUGCUGGAGGAGUGUUUGACAUCAAACCAGAAACAGGCGUCGUCUUCAUUGCGCAACCGCUGGAUUACGAAGAAUUGCAGCUGUAUGAACUUCACCUCUUGGCUUCCGACGGGAAGUGGGAGGAUUAUGCCAUUGCGAUCAUUAACAUCAUCAAUAAAAACGAUGAAGCGCCUGUGUUUGCUCUCAGUGAAUAUUAUGGAAGUGUGAUCGAGGAACUAGAUGGUCUCCCAGUCUUUGUUCUUCAGGUUGCAGCAAAUGAUCCUGAUAGUAGCCUGGACGGAGGCGAUAUAAGAUAUUCCUUACAUGGACAUGGGGCAGAUGAUGUCUUCGCAAUAGAUGAGAACACUGGCAGCAUCUAUUCCCAGAAGAUGCUAGAUCGGGAAGAGCGAGCCCUUUGGAGAUUCGUUGUGUUGGCAACUGAUGAAGGGGGAGAAGGGCUCACUGGAUUUGCAGAUGUAGUUAUAAAUGUCUGGGAUAUAAACGAUAAUGCCCCAAGGUUCACGUGUAUGCCCAGUGACUGCAAUGGGAGCGUCUUUGAGAAUUCCCCCGACAAUACUUUGGUCAUGGAGAUGCCAGCUGUAGACAUGGAUGACUCCAAAGUAGGUCUCAAUGCUAUUUUGAGUUACCGUAUAAUUGAGAAUGUGAAAAACGAGCUUGAGGAAGACUUCUUCGAAAUCAAUCCCGCAACUGGCAACAUCUAUGUAGCAGGAGGAAUGUUGGACAGAGAGAAGGCCGAGAAAUACUUCCUUAGUGUUGAAGCCAAAGAUGGAGGAGGACUGACUGGAACAGGUACGGCCACCAUCUGGGUUGCAGAUGUCAACGAUCACAUCCCUAGUUUCACACAAGAAAUCUGGCAUGCUGUAAUCCCUGAAACCAGCGCCAUCAACUCGGAGGUUCUGGAAGUGGUGGCGUUUGAUGGAGACAGUGGGGAAAAUGCCGAUUUAACAUUCAGCAUUAUUGGUGGAGACCCAGAAGAGAAAUUUUACAUUGAAAGCCAUAAAGAAGGGCAGCGUGCCAGUAUCAGGCUGAAAAAGAGUCUGGAUUAUGAACAAUCUCAGGAAAGAUACUAUAAUCUCACGAUUAAGGUGGAGGAUCUGGAUUUUUACAGUAUUGCCUUUUGCUUGAUCGAAGUUGAAGACUGUAAUGACCACAGCCCUGUUUUUAGUUCUCAGGUUGUCCAGUUGAGCCCUUUCUUUGAAAGCACACCUGUGGGCACUACCAUUGCCACGGUAACAGCGGUCGAUGAGGAUUCAGGGUUGAAUGGGGACGUUCGGUAUUCCAUCAAGUUGGAGUCGGAUCCUGAUGGGCAGUUUGCAAUAGACCAAGAAGGUCAUGUGGCAGUGGCGAAAGAAUUGGAUCGGGAGGUCACCGAGGAAUAUAGUUUAAUUGUACAGGCCUCAGAUCAGGGUCUUCCGGCCCAAACUGGAAGUGUUACAAUAUUGAUUGACUUGCUAGAUGUUAAUGACAAUGGGCCAAGGUUUGAGGCACUGUACAUGCCUGUGAUCUGGGAAAAUACGCCAGGACCUCAGCUGGUUUAUAUGACCCCUACAUCCAAUCUGCUAUGGGCUUUUGAUCCAGACAGUGAUGGCAACGGGCCACCGUUUAUGUUUUCUGUGCCACCGGAUUAUCGGUACAAUUUGGAUUUCUCUGUUACCGACAAUGGAAAUAAUACAGCAACGGUUACUGCUUUGAGGUCUUUUGAUAGAGAGAAACAAAAGGUAUUCCACCUGCCCGUUAUUAUAACUGAUAGUGGGAACCCAUCAAUGAGUUCUACGAACACUUUGACUAUUACUAUUGGUGAUGAAAACGAUAACAGUCAUGAAGCUGGCCAUAAAGAAAUCCUUGUUUACACACACAGAGGAAAAUGGUCAACAACAGGGCUCGGGGAAGUGUUUGCACCAGACCGGGAUGACUGGGACAAUAAAACAUUUGUCUUGGAAGGAAAAAUGCACAAAUCUUUCAGGCUGAAUCAAAGGACUGGCUCCCUGGUAAUGGUGGAUAAUGCUCCUCAGGGAACAUAUGAGAUGAAAAUCAGGGUGUCAGAUGGAGUCUGGCCUGAUGUUACAGCCACUGUGCAGAUACAUGUCGAAGAACUGGGACAUGAAGCCGUUCGGAAUUCAGCAACGCUACGCCUGGCAGACACAACUGCAGAAGAGUUCAUAAGGAAAGAUGAGCCUGAAGAAAGCAGAUGCGACAAGUUGAAGGACCUGCUAGCAGGAGUCCUCUCCGUCCCUCGUGACAAUGUCCUUGUUUUCAGUGUGACGAAUGUGCAUGGGAGACAGGCCGACGUGCGGCUUGCAGUUCACAAUGGCUCUUCGUAUUACAGGCCAGAGAAAUUGCACGGCCAGAUGGCUGCUUUUAAAAAUAAGAUCCAGUUGGCUUUAGGAGUCAACGUUUCUCAGAUCGAUGUAGAUGAAUGCCACAGGACAGACUGUAGCGGGAGCGCUGGCUGUGCAGCCUACAUCACGGUGAGCGACAUCCCCACAGUGACGGACACAGGAAGUGUGUCGCUUGUCUCCAUUACAACUGGCGUCAAUGCUAUCUGCACAUGUGCAGCCAGAGACAGAGUCCAUCGGUCAUGCAGCUCCUACGCCCACAACCCUUGCCUCAAUGGAGGGACUUGCACUGACAUGCUGCAUGGCUACAGGUGCCAGUGUUUGGCUUCAUUCCAUGGACCGGAUUGUCAGCAAACUAAACACAGUUUCCAUGGAAAUGGCUAUGCGUGGUUCCGUCCCAUCAGGCCUUGUUUCGAGAGCUUCCUUUCACUGGAGUUCAUUACCAGUGUUCCAGAUGGGCUUUUGCUGUACAGUGGCCCUCUGUCAGAGUCUGGGCCUGAGAAUUCAGAGAACUUCCUUGUGAUAGAACUUUCCAGUGGCAUUCCAGUCCUGAAACUAAACCAUGGCUUGGGCCCGGCGGAGUUGCGCUUGCCUAGCUAUGUGAACAUUACAGACAAGAAGUGGCAUCGCCUUGAAGUGAGAAAUAACGGGCAGGAUGUUCGAUUCACUUUGGACCAGUGCAAGGCUGCGAUCGUGUCGGAAGUGGAGGGAGUAGGGAAGUGGCUGUCAAGUGACGAUCGAACCAACUGUGAGGUCGUAAGUUUCGUCCCACAAGCAAAUAGGUAUUUGAACACGAACCAGGUUCUCCAGUUGGGCGGUGUGAAAGAAUCGAUUCCCUAUCCAUACCCCCAGUUAAAGCAUAAGCAUUUUACCGGCUGCAUCCGCAAUCUCAUUUUGGAUACUCAAGUGUAUGACCUUGGAUCUCCAGCAGAGUCUGCGAAUAGCUCUCCUGGCUGUUCCUUGACAGAUGGCAGCUGUGAGAAGAGGGGCUCCUCUCCCUGCGGCGCUCACGGCCGAUGCCUCGGCGAGUGGGACUCCUUUACCUGCCUUUGCUGGCCAGGGUACUACGGUCAUACGUGUGACAAAGUUGCAGAAGAAUAUUCCUUUGGGCCAGGGAGUUACAUUCGCUACCAGCUUCCCGUCGCCAUAUCGGCUCGCCAAACCCUGAUAGAGGCGAUGGUGAGGAUGCGACAGCCCAACGGGGUUGUCAUGAGCAUGUCUUCCCGGAACAAGGAUGAGCACAUCAUUCUGCAGGUGGUCCACGGGUUGUUAACAGUAUCUUACAACCUGGGAGACGGAGUGGUUGCUCUUAGCCUUCCUUCCUACCGGAUUGAUAAUGGUGAAUGGCAUCAUAUCUCCCUGGAGAGAAAUGAAAACGAGUUCAUUCUUCGCCUGGAUGGAGGAGGCGGGAAGAGAGAAAUCCUGAAGGCGGAAGGCGUCUAUAAAGAGAUCAACGUUGACCCCAGCAGCUUGGUGGUUGGCAACACGUACCCUGCCAGUCAAAACCACAGUUUCCAAGGAUGCAUGAAAGAUGUCAGAUUCAAUAACUACGAGCUGCCGCUUGAUGCUUCCCCUAAGGAGCUGGUAUUGAGUGCCCAAGGAGUGGAAAAAGACUGCCUUUCCAGUGCUUGCAAGAGCAAUCCCUGCAGCCAGCAGUUUAUAUGUAUUGACUUGUGGAUGAUGUAUGAGUGCAGUUGCCCACCAGGACACAUGUUGGUGGAGAACGCCACUGGCCGGCAUUGCAUUUAUACCGCAUGCGCUCAGAGACCCUGCAACUUCGGCACCUGUGUCUCCCAGUCUGCAAGCAAGUUCCGAUGCCACUGCCCCGAUGGCUACACCGGCCGCAACUGUGAAAUCACGUUGGCGAUCUUCACCAAGGAUGCUGGGCUGAGCUUUAGUUCCAUGUUUGCCAUCUGCAUUUGUUUUCUGGCCCUCCUAGUUCUGUUCAGUGGUGUUUUCCUGUGGACUCGAUGGAAGAGCCACAAAAGUAUGAAUGGGGGAGUCUACCACGUCACCACCUGCCACGAUGACCUGGAGGACAUUCGAGAAAACAUUCUCAACUAUAACGAAGAAGGGGGUGGAGAACAGGAUCAGGAUGCAUAUAACAUGGCCGAGCUCCAGAUGUCUCUUCAAACCAGCCCCGCCUACUCCCUCUAUAAGAAGAAAGGGAAACGGACAGACCUCCACAGUCCGUUGGGCUGCGAGUUUCGUCUCAGUCCAAAGGAGCAACCGGAAGCCGCUGUGGCUGGAAAGGGGAACUCCUUCUCAAGCCUAGAUUUUGAGUCUUACUUAUCGGGCAUUGUAAGAAAUGUUGAUCGACAGCACCAGGCUUUGCCCUGUGAUUCUUUGCAAGUGUUUUACACGGAAGGUGAGUGUUCGGAGGCCAGCAGUCUAAGCUCCCUCGGGUCCUGCGGAUGGGAUGAAGAUGCGGUGUACGGGAAUAUGAAGGAGUGGGGGCCAAAGUUUGAAAAACUAAGUGAACUCUAUUCUCAUGCUGAGCCUGAUGACGUCUAG